CGCGAGUUGAUCGGAGCGAGAAUACGCUCACCAGCCGCCUGUAGAAAACCCACUUGAGAGUAAACGGGGGAUUUAAAGCCCACGCUCACCGGACCAUGACAGAAAACAACGAGACAGAAAGCGACCCACAGAACACAGAACUCCAGAGGUCACCUGGUUCUGUGUGCAGCCACCAAGAAACGAAGCUUCAACGGUUGAAGAGAUCUCUGUCCUUCAAGACGAUCCUCAGAAGCAAAAGCGUGGAGAAUUUCUUUCAGCGGUCGAACAGUGAGGUGAAAUUCCCAGCAGAGAUCCUGCCUCCUCCACCUACUCCACCACCAACUCCACCCACUGCUUUCCUGCCAGAGGGUCCACCCAUCAAUGAACCACCGACAAGGAAGUCCCACCAAGCCUCUUUACCUCUCAAACCAGUAAGGACGCACAACUUUCAAGAAUUUGUCUUCAAAAAGCCUACAUUUUGUGACAUCUGCCAUCACAUGAUUGUAGGGUAUUCUAAACGAGGAUGGCGAUGCAAACUCUGUAAAAUCAAUGCUCACCCACAAUGCGGAGAGGAUGCCUCUCAACAGCAUUGCAUCGGAAAAUUGCCAAUGGGAUUCCGUCGGAAUUUCAGCUCCCCACUUCUCAUCCAUGAACAGUAUGGAUUUGUUAAGGAAGCCAUGCCGAUUGCCACAAGCAGUAAAGUGGACCCAGUGUAUGAAGCGCUGCGAUUUGGGACAUCUCUCGCCCAGAUGAGCCGGUCGAGUUUUGGCAGUUUCUCCGAUUCCCCAACAAAGCAUAUGGGUGAAAAUGGAGACAUUGCCGAGGAGCCAGAUCUUAGUACAAACAGUUCCGAAAAGAGUGAGAGCCAGAAAGACACCACACCUUUGGAGAAUGGAACAGUUGUGACAGAGGCGAAGAAGGACAGUGCCAUCUCCAUUCAGGUUAGGAAGUCUUCAGUGCGUAAGGACAUGCUGCAGAUGCACACGUACGUAGCACUCUACAAGUUUAUGCCACAGGAACAUAAUGACCUUGGGCUACAGCAAGGAGACAGAAUCGUGGUCACAGAUGACUCCAAUGAAGAUUGGUGGAAGGGUAAAAUUGGGGACAGAGUUGGCUUCUUCCCUGCAAAUUUUGUUCAGCGUGUCCGACCUGGAGAAAGAGUUUGGCAAUGCAACAGAACGUUCCAGGGCAGCAAAGAGCAGGGACAGUUGCCCCUAAAAGAAUUACAGAUUUGUGUCGGGCGAGGGGAGGAAACCAAUGGCUUUGUCAAAGUGUGCAGUGGGAAGAAGAGAGGAAUCGUGCCAGCGGACAUUCUCAAGGAAAUUUGACUUUUUUUUUUACUUCCAAGCCGAGGCACGGCCGUGAUCUCAUCUUCUGAACGGAAAAUAUGCAGAGGGUUAUACACUGAACACUUAGCUCGUUUAUAGCACCCAUGUCCCACGCUGUCUCUUCACUACUGUGCCACUUUGAAAUGCUGGACAUUGAUGGGUCCAGAAUAGUAUGAAAUGUGGCCCUGUCCAUGUAACACACACCCUUCACUCUUUGUCAUCAUAUUGACAAACUCAUAGCACAGAGCUGAACACUCUCCUUGGAUUACAGUUAAGCGAUGAUCAGAAGACAUUUCGCAGCAUCUUUCACUGUGUUGUCCACUAUGUCCUUCUUGGAAACAUUGUAUUUUUGAAAAGCACAAAUAUAGUCCCCAAGCCCACUUGC